UUUUAGUUGUUUCUCCUUUUCUUUCUUACACCAAAACUCAUCCUCUGUCAUCCAAUUUAUUUAUUUUGUCAUUUUAUUAUCUAGUGAAUCUUAUCCAUCUUUUUCUCUUUUGAAUUUUAUACUUACUUGGCAUUAGAGAAAAAACAAAACAUCCAACACUUUUUUUUUUUUAUUUGAACAUUUGUAUUUUAUACACAAAUUCAUUCAGAUUUUCUACAACUAUCAGCAAUACAUUGGCUGAACUUCGUUAAUAUACGUUUUAUACAACAUCUAGGUUAUAUACGAAUAUUACUAUCAAGUCAAAGGAAACAUGAAAAUUUGGAAAAGAGGAUUGAUAGGUUUAUUGAUAGUGGCACUUCAAUCGUGUUCAGCACAGAAAGCUGAAGACUUCAAGAUAUCCAAACUACCUGGAGUGGAUGUGUCCAAACUGGCCUUUGAUCAAUAUGCUGGACAUAUUGAAGUAUCUCCAGAAACAGAUGGUAAUUUAUUCUUUUGGAUGCUUGAACAAGUUCAACCUACUCCCAAGAAACUGAUUAUUUGGUUAAACGGUGGUCCUGGAUGUUCAAGUAUGGAUGGCAUGUUUUUGGAAAAUGGAGCUUACAGAGUGAAUCCUGAUUUAUCUUUGACAAUUAAUUCUGCUGGUUGGCAAGAUCAUGCUACUGUAGUCUUUCUCGAUCAACCUGUGGGUACCGGGUUUAGUUUUGUGAAUGGUGAUGGUCUUAUGCAUAGUAUGACUGAGGUUGCCGAACAUUUCACUACAUUUGUGGACAAGCUGAUGGAUAUCUUUCCCGAUCUCAAGGAACAAGAUUUAUACCUCGCAGGUGAAAGUUUUGCUGGCUCUUAUAUCCCGUACUUUGCUCAUCGAAUGAUUAGUAUCAACCGAGAACAAGAAAACAAGUACAAUCUCAAAGGUGUGGCUGUUGGGAACGGAUGGAUCUCUCCUAGACAUCAGUAUGAAGCAUACUUCGAUUUUGCUGUGAAACACAAUCUCUUGGAAGGAAAAUUUUUGGAUGAUGCUUCUAAACACUUGAAUGAUUGUCGCAAGAAUCUCUCUGUUGAUACAAGAAUCCAUAUAGAUGUUUGUGAAGAUAUACUGGGAGAUAUCUUGGAUAACAGCAAGCAUCCGGAAGGCAUGAAAACAGUCUGUAUCAACACUUAUGAUAUCCGAUUGAGAAACGAAACCUCUCCAGCAUGCGGUGCAGAAUGGCCCUAUGAACUAACAGAUGUGAAAGAAUACUUAAGAUUACCUGAACUCAUUAGUGGUACACAUUCGGAAAAACAAGCACUUGGCUGGAAAGAAUGCUCUUCUACUGUAUCUGCUGCACUUCGAAAGGAUACAAGCGCAUCUGCUGAACAGUUCCUUCCUGAAAUCCUGGAAGAUAUCAAAGUACUACUAUUUAGUGGGGAAUAUGAUCUGAUCUGCAACCAUCUUGGAACUGAAUAUAUGAUUGGCAAUAUGACUUGGAAUGGUGAACGAGGAUUCAAGGACGCCGUACAACAAGAUUGGACCAUUGAUGGAAAACUUGUUGGCUUUUACACGGAAGAACGUAAUCUUAGCUAUGUACUUAUCAAAGAUGGAAGUCAUAUGGUACCUUAUGACAAACCCACGGAAACAUUGGAUAUGAUCAAUAGGUUUAUGGGUGUUGGUGAUAACAAGGUCAAUGGUAUGUCUAGUCAUAUCGGAAAUCAAGAACAAGAGGAAGAAGAAAAUGAUGAACCUGUGCAAGAAAAUGAAGAACUUGAAUCUCCUAUGGAUAACAAUGAUGAUGAUGAUGACACGAGCAGUACAUUACCUUCGGGUUCUACGUUGGACAAUAACACAAGUGAACAAACAGAAGAAAUGGACGAUGAUGGACUUGGCGUUUCAACAAAGAGUGCUGGUAGCUAUGGUGCUUUGGUGAUUUUAGUGACUUUUAUCGUAGUGGGUGGAUGUUGGUAUCGUGCUAAAACAAGGACACAACAUGAUGGCAAACCAUCGAUAUGGCAACGUAUUAUACAUUACUUUGAUCAACGACCCAAUGGUAAAAAAACGAAACUUCGAUUAGGUGAUCAAGAUGAAACAAAUGAACUGGAUGAACUUGUGAUAGAAGAACCAACAUUAUUUGCUGCCGAAACAUAUUCUGAUAGUGAUGAUCAUAAACCGGAACCUUCAAAACCAAAACAAUCAAGUCCAACUGCAUUUGCCAUUGCUGAUGAAGAUGAUUCAGAUGAUGGAUUUGAUGAUUUUGCCGAUUGGGAUGAACAAGAUGCUUUGACAACAAACAAAGAUGGAAAAGAUCAUUAGAUUUGAUUAGAUGUAGUCAAUAAUAAGAAAAAAUAAAAUAAAAUACAAGCAUAAUUGACAUCCAUUUCGUUUUCGG